AUUUUAUGGCAGAGUAAAUUAAAAGCCGCCAUAAAUAAGCCAACAAUUCACUUAUUUAAGGACUUUAAUAGUAAUGUCUCAAUAUGUUCCAACUUUUAAGGAUAUCAACAACAAUUCUAAUAUUCCACUGGAAAAUGCGGCUAAAGAUUUACCUGUAAAAUUAGUGAAUGGAAAAAAUAACUCACAUGAUAAAUUAACUUUUGAUGAAAAAAUUGAAGAUCAUAACUUAAAGGAAGAUGAUUUACAAUCGUUCACAUCAGACAAUUCUAAUAGCACAAAUGAAUCAAAUUCAAUUAGUGAUUCUGAUUCUGAACUCUUAGCAUCACCUGAACCACUUUUGUGGCUAAAACAACAAAUGAAGGCUAAUAAUAGUCCACAAAAAAUCUUAGAAAUAUUAUUGCCAAAUAAAUCCUUUUCUGCCUUAAAUAAUUAUGAAAGCUGGGAUAUGAUUCUUCAAAUCCUAACACAACCUUCAAUGUUUAAAAGGUCUAAACUGUCUUCUAUCAAUACAAUUGAUGAUUUUGUCAAUAUAAUUGAUAAAUCUAGUAAUAUACUUGUUUUAACUGGUGCAGGGGUAUCUGUUUCAUGUGGAAUACCUGAUUUUAGAUCAAAAGAUGGCUUAUAUGCACGUUUAGCUAAAGAUUUUCCAAAUUUGCCUGAUGCCCAAGCUAUGUUUGACAUAAAUUAUUUUAAAUAUGAUCCAAGACCAUUUUUUAAAUUUGCCAAGGAAAUAUAUCCUGGCAAAUUUAAACCAUCAUUAAGUCAUCAAUUUAUUAAAUAUCUUGAGAAAAAUAGUAAAUUAUUGAGAAAUUAUACUCAAAAUAUUGAUACCUUGGAAAAAGAGGCCAACAUUUUAAAGUCUAUAGAAUGUCAUGGUUCAUUUGCAACAGCAUCUUGCACAAAAUGUAAAUACCAGGUUAAUGCGAUGGUUAUCAAAGAAGAUAUAUACAAUCAAGUUGUUCCAUUAUGCCCCAAAUGUCACAAAGCUUCAGAGAAAAUUGAGAAUGAAGAUUCACGUAAUAGAAAUAAUUUAGCUUCUACAUCAUUAGUCAAUGGAAAAUCUCUGUCAACUACUGCCGAUACACUAAUCCAAACCUCUUAUACAAUAACAAACAAUUUCAAUCAUAAGAAUAAUAAACUUUUACUCAAAGACUAUCAUAAAGAUAUGUCACUCUCUGAAGAGAAUGACGACAAUAAACAAGGCUCUGACACAGAUUCCCAAAAUUCUUCAAUUUCCUCCUCCAACCCUUAUUUUUUUGAUUUUGCUUUCCAAAAAUCCAGAUUCACCCUCGACAAUCCUAAUAAUCGUAAUGGCAAAGUUGAGUUGGAAGGAAACUCAUUGAAUAUUAAUGCAGCAAUGGAAAAUUUUAAAUACACAUCAACCGAUUCCAAAAGUUUUCACAAGUUUAAGUCAGUUAUGAAACCCGAUAUCGUAUUCUUUGGAGAAGGGCUUAGUGAGAAAUUUCACUUAGCAUUGGAAAAUGAUAAAGAACUUUGUGAUCUUUUGAUCGUUAUGGGGAGUUCAAUGAAAGUGCGACCCGUUUCACUCAUCCCUAAUACCAUAUCUCCCGAUGUACCACAGAUACUGGUCAACAAGGAGCCCCUUCCUCAUCUCAACUUUGAUAUUGAGUUCCUAGGCGAUUGUGAUACAAUCAUAUCGGAACUUUUAAAAAGGAUUUAUCAGAAAAACAUUGACCUCAAAAGAAGCAAUAAAAUUAAUAACUCAGGAAAGGGUGAAUUAAAUACACAAGAGGAAUGCUCUAAAACAUCAACUGAUCUCAAAGAAAUGGAAAGUAACAAGAUUAAAAGGGAUAUCGAGGAUUCAGCCGAUAUUUAUAUCAAUACUAAAAAAGGUAAAUUCGCUACUCAAUUCGAUUCCAUUAAUAAGAUCAAUUUGAAGGGCCCUCUUAGGACAGAAAUUUACGCUCUUGAUCACAUCUUGGAUGCGAUCAGUGCUAAGAAUUCUUCUACAUACAGACAUAUCAAUAAGACCUUUAUAGGAAGUGCCAAAGUUCCCUUGGAAGAUAUUUUAUUGUGGGACCAAUCAUGCGAGCUGUAUUGGCAACAUAGGACCGAAUCAUUAAACCAAGAAGUUACAUACGAUCUGGAAGAUCAAAUUCUAAAUUUAUCACAAUCGUUAAUAUUGGUAAAACUGGUUGCUUUAACCUCAGAACAAACAGAAAAGAUAUCACGAUCGACAGGAUCUAUCGAGCUUUUAGAAAUUUCGCCUAUUUUGUUAUACCAUAUUGAUAAAAGCAGCUCAAUCCAUCGAAGUUUGGAAGAAAAAAAAUAUGCCUUAGUAAAUGCCAUAAUACCUGUUCAUGAUAUUUCCUCAAGGGAAUCAAAUGACCAACCUAAUUUUAAAGACGAUUUAAAACAUAAACGUGUUAUAAUGGAUAGUAACUCGGUAGUGUCAGGAUUACCAGAUAAUACGUUUUUGUUUAUCCCACCAAAUCGAUACAUAUUUCCAGAUGCUGAAAUCAAGUGUAAGGUGGUGAAAUAAACGAGUCCAUUUAUAUAACACUACUUUUCUAAUAUUUAAUUUAUAAAACUUAGAGUACUACUUUGUAUUUUUUUGUUUUCGUAUAAUUUAUUUUUUUAAUAUUAAUUUUCUUGUAUAAAAACUUAUACCAUAAUUU